CUAGACGGUUGUGAUUAAAUAGCACUUUUAUAUCAUUAGGAUCGUACAAACAUACCUUCAUCUUUGUAUCUUAAAUCAAUUCACCAAAUUAACUAGCUUAGUCGAAAAAACUAGUUCAAUAUUACUCAUUUUAGUUUAGCAUCUUGAAGUGACCGCACAUCUUCGUAACUUUUUUGUUAUGUGAUGUAGAGUCCAUUGAUUUUUAAUAAGAGCACGGCAACGCCUUUAGUGAGUGUAUAAAAGCUUUGAUGACACUAAUUUACAAUCACACCAACUUAAGUCAGUCUACGUAAAAGUCAUGAGGACAACAAUCGUGGUGAUAGGGUUGUGCUUCGUCAUAAGCAUAACGUUCACUGUAGUUCGAUGUCAACCGGUUGAAUAUCAAAUUGAUACAAGUGCAGUGGAAAAUCCUGCUUCUGAACUGUUUCGACCGAAACGGACUUUGUUCUUUUUGUUCCAUCCCGAAGGGUUAUUGGCGAAGUUAGCACAAUUCAGUGGCUAUCAAUUAACAAAAACAGUGGCAACUAGAAAACCUAGACCUAAAACAACAAGACCCAAAACAACAAGACCCAGUUUCACUACAGUCAAACCGAAAACGACGACAGAAAGCAUAAUUGGAUUUGUUUUUAAGAAAACUCUGAAAGGGAAUACAUUUAAAAUAGAAAAACAAUGGAUAACACCGCGAACAACUACUACUCAGCUCCCACUUCAGAAUACCGAUAAUACCACUCCUUCAAGCGGCGAAAAUACGGAAAGUAACACCGAAGCUCUAAAAGAGCCGCAAACUGAACCAGAAGAAUCAACCCCGGAGCCAGAACAACCUUUGCCUCCCGAGCCAGAGCAACCUUUACCUCUCGAAGCUGACCAAACUUCACCGCCCGAGGGUGACAAUAAAACAGAAGACGAUUUUGAACAGCCAACUGCUCCACAGAGUCCAGAAGACUCAAACCAAACUGAAGUUUCUGAACCUGACCAAGAACCAACACAAAGUCCUGGACUUGAACCAAAUCAAUCAAGCGAACCUGUACCACUUAAUGCUCAAGAAAACUAUCCAGGAGAUUCACAAUUCCAGCAAGCACCCCCACAAGGAUAUCCUACGAUGCCGGGUCAGCAAGAACCUCCACAAGGAGCCCCUACCGGGCCGGCACAGCUGCAAGGUUCACCCCAAGGUCCUGGUUCCGAGCAAGCCCAAGGUGAUCCAACAGGGCAACAGCCACAAAUACCUUCACAGGGUUAUUCAUAUAUGCAAGGUCCAGAUCCCAACUUUCCUCCGGAAGGGCAAUAUUUACCAACAGAUGUGCAACCUCAAAAUCCGCAAGCGGGUCCAGGUCAAGAUCAACCACCGCAAAGUCAGCCUUCGCCCUCUGAAGCCCAAGGUCAACCGCCACAGGACCAAAAUAACGCUCUGGAACAAGGUUUACCGCAAGGCUAUUCAACCGCGCAACUAAAACCUGAGCCAGAUACUGAAGUUUCGAACUUACCCUCUAAUUCACAAACACCUCCCCCACAAGGUAUACCAAACACCCCUCAACAGGUUCAAAGUCCGCAAGGGGAAUACUACCCAUCAGGUCCCCCGGGAGGGGCACCUCAAGGUCAAGAUCAAACAACAGGUUAUCAAAAUUCCCAAGGACCACCACCAGAAAGCUUUCCGGAUUUUCCUACACAGAGUCAAGGCUUACCGGCAGAAGGUGAGCAGUCAGCUCCGCAGAGUGAAAACCCUCAGACAGAACCCCAGGGUGAGGUACCUCCAGAUCAAAGUUUCCAAAGCCCAUCGCAGGAUCAAUUCCAAGACAUUUCCUCCCAGGGACAAGGAUUACCUCCACAAGGUUCACAAGCACUAAACUCACAGCAGCAAGGACAACCUCCUUCAGACCUACAAAUUCCCUCAGGUCCGCAGCAACAAAGCGCUGGACAAGCGUUUGAUGGAUUGCCACCGCAAACAUUGAAUUCUGAACAGGGCACCGAAGGACAACCUCCACAAGGUCAGCAAAACGAACCAUAUCCAUCAGAAGAACAAGUCCCACAGGGUCAGCAAGCAUCAGGAACACCGGCACAAGGUGAGCAGCCAGCUCUGCAGAGUGAAAACCCUCAGACAGAACCCCAGGGAGAGGUACCUCCAGAUCAAAGUUUCCAAAGCCCAUCGCAGGAUCAAUUCCAAGAUAUUUCCUCCCAGGGACAAGAAUUACCUCCACAAGGUUCACAACCACUAAAUUCACAGCAGCAAGAACAACCCCCUUCAGACCUACAAAUCCCCUCAGGCCCGCAGCAACAAAGCGCUGGGCAAGCGUUUGAUGGACUGCCACCGCGAACAUUGAAUACUGAACAGGGCACCGAAGGACAACCUCCACAAGGCCAGCAAAACGAACCAUAUCCACCAGAAGAACAAGUCCCACAGGGUCAGCAAGCAUCAGGAACACCGGCAGCGCCUUCCAUGCCAGAUACAAAUGAAGAAACAAGCGGACAAAUCGACCCAUUCCAGCAACCUGGACCAAAUCAAAAUAAUUUCUUAUCUGAUGCAACAGAUGCAAAUGGGAAAACAUCUGCUGACACUGAUAUUGUUCAAUUAACUAACCCAUCAGGCAAUGGCGAGUUUAAUAAUAUCAACGAUCCGAGACCACCUUUUGACCUUCAAAAAGUUGAUGAAAAAGAUAAUGAAGUGAAUGGUGCUGAGAAAUCCAUUGGUCUAGAUAAUAUCGCAAGAGUUAGUGGGCCAGCCGAAGAAGCUCAAUUUUUAGGCGAUAUAAGACGUGCAACACUAAAUACUGGUGAAUUGGCUCCAGCGAACGUUGUAGGUGCCGCUGCAGCUCCAAGCCAACAGCAGCGAUCACGAAAACGUGCUCGAAACACUCCACGGAACGCGCUCGAAUUGAUUCGAAGAGAUAAUAAAAACCGUCGUAGAUUUGUAGCACGAGCUAGUAAAACAGCCUAAUAUCAUUUUAGCACAUUGUAUUGAAUUUUCUCCAUUUAAGUUUGAUAUUUAAAUAUCAUUAUUUAUUCAAUCGAAAAAAUAAACAAAACUAAUCUUUA